GAGAAAGUGAAUCGUUAGUGAGGGACAGUGUCCUGGUGUGACCCGAGCUGCUGAAUCAGCAUCAGCAGAGGAGACUCACUCAUUCAGCCGACCUUUCACCACACAGCACAGGCAGCUAAUGGCAGUUUGAAAGCCACCCCUGACUCUUGCUCUGGAGUGACAGCCGCAGGCCCCGCCCAUCCCCGUUGACGGACAGCAGUGGGCGGGGCCAGCGCCGCCAAAGGCACGGGGGCGUUUUCGUGCGGUUUUGCGGAACGGGCCGUUGCGGUGAAUGCGUGAUUGAGGUCCCGCAGCUAACAAUCGUCCCCCUUUUUGGGGACGGAGUGCACGGCGCGGAGGAGCAGCCGGAGUUGGGUGAUGUGCCAUCAGCCACUGGGGGGCAUCUGUCCUCUCUGCAACUUCUUCAUCCUGUGAAGUUUAUGGGAUAGGAGUGCGGGUGCCCCUUCCCAACACUGCAGCCCCACUGGAGUCAUUUGUGCCAAAGCUAGGUUGUGUCGAAGGAGAAAAGAUGGGCAGCCCAGGCAGCGAUGUGGGUUUAGCCGGGCCAGUGGAGCCAGCCUUGGAGGCUCUGUGUCCUGAGUGUGGCCAGAUCCACCGCAGCUGGGAGAACCACCUUUACAACUAUCGUCUGGAAGUGGAUGACGACCUGGUGUGCCAUAUCUGCCUGCAGCCGCUGGUGCAACCACUAGAUACGCCGUGCGGACACACCUUCUGUGCCCACUGCCUGCGUAGCUUCCUCAAGGAGAGGGACUUCUGCCCGCUGGACAGGACGCGGCUGCAGCUGCAGGCGUGCCGCAGAUCCAGCAUACUGGUGCACAAGCUGCUGGACAAGCUGUCUGUCUCCUGCCCUUUGACCCCAGUCUGCUCCCUCAGCAUGCCACGAUGUGACCUGGAGGCACACCUCAAACACAGGUGUCCGGGGACGAGGAGUCAGCAGACGAGUGUGGACGGUCCACCAUGUGAGAGCGGGGAUGAACGAGUGAUGGUGACCAGCCCUCCCAGGUCGCCCCGCUCCCCACAGACAGACCUGAGGGACCGCACACCCUCGCCCCCCUCCGGACCUAAUGACACCAGCGGCGAUGGGCCCGUGUGGACGGACGACGCCGGCCUCGACAACCCUGCCUUUGAGGAGAGCACGGAGGAAGAAAGUGUGGUAGGGUUGGAGUGUGUGGUCCCCAGGGUGAAGCGGCCCCUCAGUAACCCCUGCAUCCACCUCCUCCGCUCUGUCAGCUCCACCUCCUCUGGCUGGGACUGCCUUGAGUCUCCGCCUCUCUCCGCUGAAGAGGGCUGCGUGAAGUUGCCCUCGCUUCCUGAAGGAGAGAUAACUGCCAUAGAGGUCCACCGGGCGAACCCGUAUGUUGAGCUGGGCAUCAGCGUCGUGGGGGGAAACGAGACGCCUCUCAUCAACAUCGUGAUUCAGGAAGUGUACAGAGACGGGGUCAUUGCACGAGACGGGAGGCUGCUGGCCGGGGAUCAGAUACUGCAGGUCAACAAUGUGGACAUCAGUAAUGUCCCCCACAGUUUUGCCCGCUCUACACUGGCUCGCCCCUGCACCACUUUGCAGCUGACGGUGCUUAGGGAGCGUCGUUGUGCCUCCCGGGCGCCUCCCUCCUCUUCCUCCUCCACCCCGGCUGUGCCCCACGCCCCCUGCUCCACCCCUGAGGGCGCCCCGUCCAGCCCCGCCACCCUGAGAAUCACCCUACACAAGCAGGACUCAACAGAGCAGCUCGGCAUCAAGCUGGUACGGCGGACAGAUGAGUCAGGAGUGUUUGUGUUGGAUCUGUUGGACGGAGGCCUGGCAGCGAAGGAUGGCAGACUGCGGAGUAACGACCGCGUGUUGGCAGUCAACGAACAGGACCUACGCCACGGCACCCCGGAGCAGGCCGCACAGAUCAUACAGGCCAGCGGAGAGCGAGUCCACCUGAUGAUCGGCCGACCCACCAAACCAACGUCUCCUCCACCGCCAAAAUCAAGUUCCACCAGAGACCUCUACUGCCUUGAUCACUUCCUGCCUAACCACAGCACUACCCCGAGUCCUGUGCCCCUGAACCUCUCCCGCUCCAGCACUCACAGAGACCUUUCCCAGUGUGUGACCUGUAAGGAGAAACACAUCACUGUGAAGAAGGAGCCCCUCGAGUCUCUCGGCAUGACAGUCGCAGGAGGGCGGGGCAGUAAGAGCGGGGAGCUGCCAAUCUUUGUGACCAGCGUCCAACCACAUGGCUGCUUAUCGAGGGAUGGGCGGAUCAAACGAGGUGACGUCCUGCUGAGCAUCAACGGGCAGGACUUAACGUACCUGAGCCACAGUGAGGCCGUGGGCACCCUGAAGGCCAGCGCUGCCUCGCCCUCCGUCCAGCUGCGGGUGCUGGAGGUCAGCAUGGUGGUGGAAGAGCACGACCGGGACGAGCUGCUGCCUCACACACAUGACAGUGACUUUGAUGCUAACUGGUCCCCUUCAUGGGUCAUGUGGCUGGGCUUACCCAGCUACCUGCACAGUAGUCACGAGAUUGUACUGCGGAGGAGCCACCCGGGCAGCUGGGGCUUCAGCAUCGUUGGAGGAUACGAGGAAAGCCACGGCAACCAGGCGUUCUUUAUCAAGACCAUCGUCCUCGGCACACCUGCGUACUACGACGGCCGCCUUAAGUGUGGUGACAUGAUCGUGGCAGUCAACGGCCUGUCGACAGCAGGAAUGAGCCACUCGGCGCUGGUGCCCAUGCUGAAGGAGCAGCGCAGCCGGGUGGCGCUUACUGUGGUCUCCUGGCCCGGCAGCCUGGUGUAGCCCGGCCAGAUCGUAAGCAGGCUGCGCACCACACAGAAUGUUCUAUAUGGGGAACGUCCUUGGCCAAAGUGAACUGGUACACGCUACUGUACAUCGCUCCAUACCGGGCUUAAUCCAGGACCAAAAGCAUUCAGAACUGAGUUGACCCAGCAGGACCAAUCCUGUCCUGACCAGGUGGGAGCUGAUCCAGAUCGUGCCACGUCACUCGACAGACUGCACUCACAAACGCACUGCUGUGUUCAUAUGGUCAUGUCAUCGCUCCCGCAGGGAGAGCUGGUACGGCAGGUGAUCUGUGCUGCGUUCACCUCACCAGGCAGUUGUAGAAUCCAGGGCUGUAUUCAGGUGGAUGCAUCGCUGCAGGUAGAGAUAGAAUAAAAUUAAGUAGCCUGUGAUCCUGCAUCAUCUAGGAUAAUGACUUGUAAUCACUCUUAAGCAAGAUUUUCUGCAACACCAGCGCUGUAUCCAGCUGAAUAUUAGAAACCUGCCGCACCCUGGGGGCUCAACUGCCCUUAGGCCUCAUCACCAUGACAAGCAGCUGUCCCAUCAGCUGGAGUUUUAUACAUGUGUGUGAAUGUGUGUUCCGUUUGUUUAAUAAACAUUUCCUUCAAAGGA